AAAAAAUCUUGAAAUUGGAAGACAGAGGUCGACGAAGGAAAUUGGAGAGGAAGAAGAAGAAGAACAAUGGUUGAGUCUGUAAACUGUAGAGGAGUUUGAUUAAAUAUAGGUUUGGGGAUUGGAUACAUACGGCUUAUACAAGAAAGACGACGGAAGAGCGGAUAUUUCGAUGGAUCAGCUCCGCGGUUUAUGGAAGUUUAGAAUCUUUGCAUCGCUUAUUUUUGAGGCCAUUUGAUCUUUUCUUCCUAACCCAAUUCGCUCCUAUCCUCAAUUUGAUACCUUGGGUCUUCCUUUUUCAUUGGGUAGACAGAAUAAUUGAUUCAAAUGCUCCUCCAGUUAUAGUUGGAGACAAUUCAAGAGCACGAAUCUAGUUUAUUUCUUCAAUUUUAUAGGUUUAGAGGUCUGAUUCAAUGAAUAUAGACGAGAUUUUUGGUGAAUCUCGAGUGGUUAAUCUUCCUAAUAAAAGCGCAAUAUAUGUGUGGGGGUACAAUCAUGCUGGGCAAACAGGUCGAAAGGAUGAUAAACAACAGAAUUUGAGGAUCCCAAAACAGCUCCCUCCUGAUCUCUUUGGAUGCCAAGCAGGCGAUAAUUCCCGGUGGUUGGAUAUCGCCUGUGGCCGAGAGCAUACUGCUGCUGUGGCUUCAGAUGGUUCACUCUUUACUUGGGGAGCAAAUGAAUUCGGUCAAUUGGGAGAUGGAACUGAAAAAAGCAGGAAACAACCAAGGAAAGUAAAGCAAUUGCAGACAGAACUUGUGGUGUCUGUCUCCUGUGGGGCACAUUGUACUGCUGCUAUUGCUGAACCUCGUGAUAAUAAUGAUGGAACCCUUUCAACUAGAAGACUUUGGGUCUGGGGCCAAAAUCAGGGAUCCAACUAUCCGCGUUUGUUCUGUGGAGCAUUUACUCCAAACACGAUUAUAAAACAAGUUUCUUGCGGAGCUGUUCACACGGUUGCCCUAUCAGAGGAUGGUUUGCUUCAAGCUUGGGGGUAUAAUGAAUAUGGUCAGCUUGGCAGAGGUGUUACUUGCGAGGGACUUCAGGGGGCUCGUUUUAUUAAUGAUUUCGCUAAAUUCCUCGACGAAGCCCCUGAGUUCGUGAAGAUUUCUAGGGUUUCAUGUGGCGAGUAUCACACUGCUGCAAUCUCAUAUAAUGGCGAGGUAUACACGUGGGGACUAGGAAGUUUGGGUCAACUGGGCCACUGUUCUCUCCAAUCUGGCGAUAAGGAGCUUAUUCCUAGGAGAGUAGUGGGUCUUGACGGGAUAUUUAUAGAAAGUAUUGCGUGUGGAGGUGUACACACAUGUGCAUUAGCGAAGAAAGGAGCGCUUUAUGCUUGGGGUGGCGGUCAAGCUGGGCAGCUAGGGCUUGGGCCGCAUAAUGGAUUCUUUUCUGUUAAUCCUAAUGAAUCUGAUGCAAUGCUCAGAAAUAUUCCUGUUUUAGUUGUCCCAAGUGAUGUACAGCUUGUAACUUGUGGGCAUUCCCACACUUUAAUAUUGACUAAAGACGGAAGAAUUCAUGGAUGGGGUUAUAACGGCUAUGGCCAGGCUGCUAACGAAAAAUCUACAUAUGCUUGGUAUCCUUCACCUGUAGACUGGUGUGUGGGGGAGAUUAGGAAACUGGCAGCGGGUGGGGGGCAUUCAGCAGUAUUGACAGAUGCAUGUUCGUUGAAGGAGUUAUGCGAGUUCAGGCUUGCAGAUACUGUAUCAUUAGCUAAUGCUUAUCAGAUUCAGGAUAUUGCAUCUAGAACCAACUCCGAUGCUUUAGCACGCCUUUGUGAAAGAUUAAGGGAAGGAGAAUUUGCUUGAUGAAGAAUCAUCCCAACCAUGGAUCCGAGCUUUGUAAAGUUGUAGCAAAAUUAUCUUGAUUGUUGUAUCUGUAGAACCACAUGUUGGCAGACAUAUAGGAAGUAUUUGUAAUUCAUGUUUGUUUGUCGACGAGGAACCUGUUCUACUACUGAUUGUAUUCAAUGUUAACUGUUAAAUAAAACUCAUAAAUAUAAGUUUGAUCUGGUGA